GUCAAGUCAACGUCUCUGCGUAGUGCGUACUCCCAUACUACUCCAGAUGAACUUGGUACACACGGAGUGAGGAAUCAGAAAUUCACAAUGACCACAACCUAUGAGCUGCGCAUCAGAAACGAUCGCCAUGUCGUAGACAUCGCGGCGCCGGACAUGGGCGUGCCAGCCACCGGCAGGAAUUCUCCAAACCAGACCGGCGGCGGCGAGAUCCACACGGAAUGGCUGCGCGAGCUCACGUCGGUGCCACGGAACGCCGCCGUCCUGAAGGACCUCAUCAGCCGAACGCCGGCGCUGUGGUUCCUCGGCGAGCGCCCCGCCACCAUCCUCCGUCCGCGCUCCCGACGCGCCGGCGUGAAGGGGCUACACGAGGUGCGCGCGGUGGCCAUCGGCCCGUACCAUCGCGGCGAUCGGGGCCUCGCCUUCGACGACGAGUCAAAGCUGCCGUUCUUGCGGUACCUCCGGGGGCAGUGCGGGCUCGACUUGGAGGAGUGCGUCGCGGCGCUCGGGGCGGCGCGCGGCAGCUUCCGCGACGAGUUCGCGGACGACGCGGCCGCUGCGGAUCUGCUGCGGGACGAGGAGAAGUUCGUGAAGAUGCUCCUCCUCGACAGCAGCUUCGUGCUCGUCUUCGGCCUCAUGUUCGGCAGGCCCGGCUCCCGGGUCAAUGGCGCGGCGGCUUCCGUAACCAGGGAGCACUUCGUACUGCACUCGGCCCUGGCGCAGCACGCCGAUGAGAUCAGGCUCGACCUGCUCGUGCUGGAGAACCAGGUCCCGUUCGCCGCCGUCGAGCUGCUCGCCGCCUCAUGCCGCCGUCUGAAGCUCCGCUCUGUCGAGGAGCUGGUGCUCGGGUGCUUCGACAGCAUCUGCCCGAGGAGGGCGCACGGCAAGGUUGACUUGGAAACGACAGACGCGAGAUUCUGUCACAUACUACACCUCUUCCACUGGUCGCGCGUCCCGGAGAACAAGUACCGCGUCCUCUCCAUGCCACUGAAGCUUCUCGAGGCGGAGCCGGAGCCGGAGCGGCGCAUCCCUUGCGCCAGGGAGCUGCAGCGGGCGGCGGUGUGGUUCCGGAAGCCGUCUCUUGACACGGAGGGGACGAUUCGAGGCGGCGACCUCGACAUGGAGUUCUGGACCGCGGCGGCGAGCCCCAUCGCGUUAAUGAGCAUCCCGAGCUUCCACAUCUUCCCCUACACCGCCGCGUUGCUCCACAACAUGGUGGCCUUCGAGAGGCACUUCCACUGGGCGCACGGCGUCUGCGCCACGGUGCACGUCGCGCGCAUGGAGGGACUCGUACGGUGCCCGCAGGAUGCGGCGCUGCUCCGCCGCCGGCGGGUCCUGGGCAGUGUGAAGUGCACCGACGAGGAGGUGGUGGAUUUCUUCCGUGGCAUAGGCGUGGAGGCAACCGGCGUGCGCAUGCCGGAAGAGUAUGGUGAGAUGCUCGCCGCGGUGGCGCGGCACAGGAGGAGGCGCGCCAGAAGGUGGUGCGGGGACUUCAUACUGCACUUCCUCCCGUCGCCAUGGGUGGCCGUCUCGCUGGCCGCGGUGGCUGCGCUCAUCAUCGUGCCGGCCAUGCUGCAGACCAUCUACACAAUUCUUGGUUACCAAAGUAGCAGAUGAUACGAAAUUGACUUCUUUGCAAACUCGCCUGCGAUUAUUUACUACAGUAUUUCAUAGGAACUUCCAACUUACAUGGGGGAUGCAGCAGAUACUGCAUUUGUUAGUCUUGAUGAAUGCAUACGGAGCGCAGGUGAUUGAUGACA